AUGGUGUUGAUUAAUACUUUGCAACUGCUGUUUGGCUACCGAGCCUUACCUGUUUAUGCACAAUACAUUGAAGUGAGCUCAAGACAUACAUUCGGCAUUUUUGGUGCGUUAGUUGAGGUGGCUAUUAUUUGGUAUAUAAUGAUUGCAUCGCUCGUUGGCGUUUAUUCGGUACCGGUAUUGAGACGACUGAGACCGAUGAAGGGCAAAACAACGAUGACGUUCAUUAUUGCUAAUUGCAUGAUGGUUUUGAUACUUAGUUCGGCAUUACCCGUUCUUGCAAAAACACUCGGAAUAACAACGUUCGAUUUAUUGGGUGCGUACGGUAGUUUUGAUUGGUUGUCGAAUUUCACGCUUGUAUGGACGUAUAAUGUGGCAUUUGCUAUUGCCACGGUAUCGUGUCUUGUCAAUCACUUCACUGCACCCGUUCGACGAGAGGUGAUUAGGCGGAUAAAAGAAUUGUACGGUCGAAUACGACGUAAUGAAACUUCGGAAAAAAUGGAAUAG